AACCCAAGCUCAAAUCCCAUCGCACCCCUCCUCCCUCGCCGCCGCACCCAAACCCUAACUCCACUCCCCUCUCUUCCCCGAUUCAGAUGCACUCCUCGCAGCCGCCACCUACCUCCCGCCCCGAUUCAGCCGAUCUCGCCGCCAGUGCCCGCGCGCCACCACCCGCUCCUCCUCGCCUUCCAGAUCGCGCCGCCACCUCCCUCCCCAUCCCCUCCUGGAUCUCUCCCUCGGUGAGCCACCGGCGAGCCCCUCUGCUGCCCGCGCAUGCAGAACCUCGCCUCCUGCUGCUCUCCAUCGACCCCUUCCGCGUGCUCGCCGUCAUCGCCUCCCUUCGCCGCAUCGACCCCAAGGUGCUGGCGCAGGCGACCAGGAAGCUGUUCCAGGGUGAGCCGAUGAAGAGGCGGAAGGGAAUUUGGAUCGAUAUCAACAACUACGAGGAGAGCGAGAGGGGCAUCGUGGUGGCCAGCAAAGGGAGCACCAUCACGGGAGCUGCGUCCUCCCGGUCCACGGCCACGUCGGGGAGAUGCCGCCGACCUCCGCUGGCGAGCGACGGCUAUGAGAGUCUGGUGCGGAGGGCGGACUCGAUCAUGAAGUCGCUCUCGUGGUCCAAGGCGGCGCCGGUCACGGAGACGGCCAUCCGCGCCCCCGUCGGCGACAACGCUGUAACUAGCAAGGCUCUGCGCUGGUUGCUGAAGCAGAAGAGAGGGUUGCGUCGUGCGGGCACUGGUGGCCGCCCGGAUCCGUAUGUGUACAUGGCACUUCUUGUUCCGCCAAUCCACGAGCAGGGAGCAGAAGGCGCAGCCAGCGACCAGCGAGCCCAUGGGUGGCGCAAGUGGCAACGUAGAGCGUCCGGAGACUGCCAGUGAUGAGCGGCGACGGCAACCUCGAGACCAGCAAGUAGGCAAUGGCGACCUCAUUGUGAAGUGGCUGAAUCGACUUGAGGCGGUUUCUUUGAAAUUCUUGGAAAUGCUUUGGUAGUUUCUUUCGGCGAGAAACUGUUUCAUACUGAAGUUUACUGGCGCCGCCGGAUUCGAGGGUGGAGCCCGAGCCUCCACUGGAGCAUGGAUCAGACGUGCAGGAGGUGGAGCUCCGCAUGGAUCAAGACGUGGUCGUCGUGGGGGCCUGGAUCAUCAAGUACGCAAGCGGCGUCGGGGGCGGUGCAAUGCCAGCUGCUGGACAUACUUCACCCUGGGUUGGUGCUGAUGCACAAGGUGAAUUUCGAUGCCAAGACGGAGUACGACAUGAUCCAGAACUACAGGAUUCUCCUGGAUGUGUUCAACAAGUUGCAGAUAGGCAAGGUAUGGGUGGUGAUUCUCCUGGCUUAGGUCUCUACCCGUGGAUUUAUCCGUGAUUGUGUCUUGCAUUUUGUCAUCUGGGAAAGCAAAUGUGAUCUGUCUGUACAGUAGUUCGGUUUAUAUAUGCGGUGUGUGGGGAUUCAAUCUAGAACAGUUGUGUGUGAUUGAUGUCAGCAUGUGGUAUAGCCACAAGGUGAUUUGAUAACUGACUAAAUUUGUUGUGCAGUAUUGAAGUUAUGCUCAUUGCUGUGUACAGUACUAAACUUGUACAAUUCUUGUCUUGUUUCCACACAACAUUAAGAUUAGAGUCGUGCUUUCUGAAUGUUGAGCCGAUUUUUAUGGCCUGUGUGCUAGCAAACUGAGCUAAGGGUGCUUCAUCUUUGUCCUUCAGCUUCUAUUCUUAUGACAAUUAAAUAGAGGAUCUAUUUUGCUCCCUGCUCUGAUUGGUUUCAACCGAUAUUUAUCUCAUCCAGCACUCUGAGUAUCAAUGUGUUGUUUUAAUCCUGAUGAUGACGUGGUAGUAUGAAGUGGACACCAUAUUCCUGUUUAAAUGCACAAGGAAUAAUUUGUUUCAUCAUGUCCUGGUUUAUCCAUGCCAGAUUUGUUGCUUCCGGAACUCUUGGUCCUUCAUAUCUAAAGUUUACAUGUACUAUAGAAGCUCUACUUUAUGCUAAUACCUGCUUGUGUAACAUUUUGCAUGGUAUACUUCUAAAUGGACAAGUACAUGCGGCGUCCAUCAUCAACGAUGAUGCGGACUGAUGUUCAACUGCAGAACCAUCCAUCAUAUCAACACAAAGUCAGAUGUUUUGCAAAAGGAAGAAGCAGUACUUGAAGAAGCAGAUUACAAUGUUUUCUCGUCGUGAAGCACUAGAUAGACUUGUUCUAUUUAUUUUUCCUAUUCUGGAGUAUUCCAGCACCUGAAUGCUUGACUACAACAUGUCGUAGGUUGCUUGGAUCUGUAUAAUAUACAUAUGUGAUGGAAAUUUGUAGAAUGUGUGUUCUGAGAUAUUUCCGUAAUAUUCAGCUAAUUCGUGGUAACUUGAUUCA